CUCUAAACUGUCCUCUUUUGGCAAUUAUCGAUCUGCCAUGAUUGGAAGGAAACUCUAUCCCAUCCAAUUAUUAAAGUUUGGAAAGCUAGUAUGGAUUUUCAAUUUUUCUUUGGUUAAGUUUUCCCUCAAAUCUUCCUUUUAUCCUGAUCCAAUACUUGCCAGCGUUGCACAGACGCAAGUUCCAUCUUACUCACGCCGUCACGCGUCGACUCUCCGCUCUUCCACGUACGCCCAAUCAGGCACUAUAAAUUUGCAAUGGUCGAUACAGAAAGGUUCUAAAACAAAAUAAGAGAGACAGAGAGGGAGUUUUGACUACUGCUUACCAUAUUCGGCCAGGCUCUCUGUUCAAAUCUGUUACGAAGAGAAUCAUGAUGUAAGCAUUGGUUUUCGAGGUUCAUCAAGAAUAUAGGAGGUACUUGGAAGCAGAGGAACAAUAGAUAAAUAGGACUCUUUUAUCCAAAUUCUGGUGCAUCCAUGGAAUAUGGUGCAGUUGAACAUAUAAAAGAUGAGAAUGAAGACAGCAUGAGAAAUGGGGUAGCAAAAUCUGAUAGUCGAGAGAUGAAUGUGAAAGAUGUUCCAGGAAAGGACUCAGAUACUACAGAAGAUACUGUAGAGAUUAACAGAGCAGGUAGCAAUCUUAGGGAUGCUGCAGAACAAGGACCUGCUUCAGCUGAUAUUGAGACGUCUGGAGAUGUCAACAUGGAGGCUUCUGUAACAGCUGACGAUAUUAUAAAAGCUGGUGGCUUUGGUGCUAGAGAUGAUAUAAGUAGUUUUCUUCCUGUUGCAAUUGAUUCUACUGACUUUGAAGCUUCUCUUCGUGAUGCCCGGGACUAUGAAGAACCGCAGGGGGAAAUCUCCAGGCCAGGUCUUGGAUGGACUGAUGGUAAAGUGUCAGAAGAGUGAUGAUGCUGUAUCUUCAUUCAGGUUUCCCCCUGGUUUUUACUGUCAUGUCACAUUCCCCCCCCCCCCCCCCCAAAAAAAAAAAAAGUUUUUACAGUCAUAUCAUAUACCAAACAACCAGAUCACUUACAUUUCUUUAAUUACUUAGAAGUGGUUUUUUGGUACUUUUUGCUCUUUGUAACCUUGAGAUGUUCUUAGUGCAUGUAGCAUAUAACCUUUUUUUUUCCUCUUUUGAUAAGUAGACCUUCUGGUAAUUCAGUGAAAUAAGGUAUAGGUAUAUUAAGUAUUGGAUUUAUCAAUGCAAUGAAUUAUGUGAACAUCUUGUGAUCGGAA